AUGUUUAGUAGCAUAGGUUUAGAUUGUAUCCGACGUGAAAAUAGACUCGAAGACUCGGAAAAUCCUUGGGCCUAUGCUGCACCUCAGCGAGACGAGAAUGCAAUUCCUAGCUCUGCUAGAAGUAUCUUCAACUACCGCUAUCCGGAGCUUCUUACGCCGACUUGUGAAAAUACACCUGGCCGCAGGAUGGAGUUCAAUGUAGCCACAGAAGGAGCCCUCUGGAUUGGGGACUAG